CGACGAUCACGAUCUAAUCACCGCCUGUGUGCUCCUUGUGCAACACCAAUACCUCUUGAUGUCAUACGGCGAUGACGACCGAGCGAUGUGCUCACGUCCCACCAAUAAGUACUGUCAAUAGCGAAGGCGCGCUAUACAUGUCAGACUCGGGCGACCGAAAUCAGGGCCGGAAGAGCGGGACAAGUCGUGAUCAUUCAACGCUGCAUUGAUGACAAGUUCGAGGGAAGGCCGCUUUGAGUUCCAGACCCGAGCUAUCUUCAAGUCCGUGGGCAACCUGAAUGAAAAGACGACCUCUUCGCCAGUAUCGAACUGAAGAAGCUGACGUAGAUCUGAUCAUGGAUUUUGUGCCGAUCCUGACCGUGACGAACAGCCGCCGUCUCCCGUUCGUCGAGGUCGCAAGGUACGUUAACUCGGAUGUAAGCACUCGAAUCGCCAGCCAAUGAUCCGAGGGCUGGUAGUUUGAAGACUAUCAUAAAUCUGCUUCUUAUCCAGUGACAGAUGGGACGGCUAGGGACGGCUCUCGUUGUUCUUACCCUUCCACCGUCGGACAGCCGCUCGUUUCUGCUCCGCCCUCUGCGUUUGCUGGAUAGGCGCGACCCACCGCAAUACACGGAUAAGCUCUCUGCCGAGGUGGUUAGUCGGGUGCACGCCUAGCUCAGGUGCCCGACACGUUUUCCGCCGCAUAGUUACCUUGUAGGCCGCCUAGAUCCCGUUGCCCUCGACUGAGGCCAUGCUCCCAUAUCGUCCAUCCGUUCCCUCACCGUCUCUGCGCGAUUUUCUCAACCCGACCCGCUACAAAACGAUAAUACUCAUCGUCAUACUCUCGUUUACCUACGUCUGCAUCGUUCUCAGUGGCCGCUCGUGGAACUUGGUGUUCCUGUCGCAGGAUGCGGACUUGGUAUUUGAGCCGAACGAAUCCCAGCCCGGUGAGCUCAGGCCAGUUCGGUACAGAUCUGCCGUGUAUCAUCCGUUCCGUGUCCCGACAAUCGAAACCUCGCUCGCAAACCAGACGGUGCGGCCGAUCAAAGCACAUAGUGCGCUUUCCCGGGAGUGUUUGGAUCGAUGGGUGUCGACGGGCCAGUGGCAGGAGCCGUGCAGACACAGCAUGGUACAGGACUCCAAGAUUGAUCUGGUCUACAUCUGGGUGAAUGGGUCAGAUCCUUUACACUUCGCCUCUCGAAACACGACAUUGCACGACACCAACGGAUAUCGCACCUCUGAAGCUCGAUUUCGAGAGCACGGAGAGCUGCGGUACUCGAUCCGUGCAGCGCAGCGAGCUACCGCAACAUGGCCCGAUGUCACUACGCACAUCGUCACUGCUGAUGUUCCUGCGCCGAAUAAUGACACUUACCGCUUGGGCCUCGUGCCUCAGUGGCUGGAUCCCACAUGCGCAUCGUACACUUUUUCGCCCCAGAUCGACCAGGAGAUCACCGUCCAGCAGGGUCAAUCACCGAUCCGCUUGCAUCAUGACACCCAACUCUUUCGUUACACCGCUGAUCCCGGCACUCGGCUACAAUCUGAAGAUGCCGCCCUAUGGCUGAGCAAUGUUUUGCCAUCCUUCAAUAGCAUGGCCGUUGAAUCACAACUUGCACAUCUCAAUCCCGAUGUGGUGUCUGAGAAUAUUAUUGCGCUCAAUGAUGAUCAGUUUCUGAUGCUUCCUGCGCCGCCGUCCGCUUUCCAUAGCACUCUUUACGGGCCCGUCUUCCGGAUCCAAGACAACUUGAUGGUCGAUGGAAACGAUCGGGGGAUGGCGGACGGCAACGGCGAAUGGCGCUCCCUUCGCUGGAGCGCACAGGUCCUUGACAAACGGUUCGGGACACGGAGACGGCCCUAUGUCCAGCACAACGCUCGAGCUCUUUCCUUGCCUCUGAUGCAUGAAGCAGCCCUCACCUUCGGUUCAGAGUUUGCCAACACGCCUCUUUCCCACUUUCGCGGCUCUCACGACGUCUCCGGCGAAUACGAGAUCAACACGAUCUUCCUCGCGUCGCACUUCGUGAUCGAGCGCCAUAGAGAAGCCCUGCUCUGGUCCUGGGUGAUUGGGAAAUGGGGUUCUAGAACGAACGGCGUCUUCGAUAAGCGUGUCAAAGCCGAGAUGUGGGCUGAUCUCGGCGGUCAGCAGGAGAUGGAUGAUCUGGUCGUCCAGGCUCCCGAACGCGCGACCAAAGACCAUGUCGACUUGAAUAUGCUCAUAGCCGGGAUUCAGCCCCCUGAAGCCAUCGAACCUGACAAACAGAUGCAUACUUUGUACAGCUGGGUUUCCAUGGAUGGGUACACCUCCGAUUACAAGAAUUUUCCGAAGAAGACGACACAUCGAAGGAGUGCCUGUCUAGGGACAGAACCGGAAGACGCCUGGGACGUCUUCAUUAGAUUACUGAUGGGUCAGUGCGGAGACUACGUCAUCACUUCCUUGACACGCAAAUCCACGUCAGGGCUGAGCGCAUUCCUCCCUGAUCAUACAGAAGCCAAGGAAUCUCCGGAGGACCCUGUCACACUACCUCUCGAACUGCCAAAUCAGAUGCCGCGGCUACCCUCCAAUCCCAGAGCUUUUGCCACACGUAUCAUACAGCGAUAUGCUUACGUCAUCGGUGACUCCCCAACGGUCUUCAUGAGCAUGAAGGGUGUUCUUGGCGCACAACGCAUCCUGGAACGCGUCGAUCGAGAGAGGAAAACUGCGCUCUUUUGUUUGAACGAUGACCUCAGUAGCAACCAGAAGGUUCUCGGUGACACUGAUACUCUCCUAAGACGCUGGUUUGACGGUCGCUGGCCCGACAAGCUUCACUGCGAGACGGGACGAUAGCUGUUGUAUUUUGAUCUCAUUUGUACUUGUACAGUUGGCUGGGUAGAAUUGUAGACGUACAGUCGUUUAUAAUCAAAUCACUUUGUAGAUGCCGCC